AUGGAUACGUACAACGAAUAUCUUCUGGAAAAGAUAUGCGAGUUGUUUCCGCGCAAAGAAGCAGAGGUUUUUAUAGAGGAAAGUGAAAAGCAGAGGCCGACGACCAUACGAAUAAACACUCUUCUGAAGCGCAGAAAAGAUGUUUCGAAGCUUUUGCGGGGAAGGGGGGUGGAUCUUGACGAUCUUAGCUGGAUUGAUAGCGGAUGUGUGAUCUUCAAGUCGUCUGUGCCUAUUGGGGCAACUCCCGAAUAUCUUGCGGGGUACUAUUGUCUUCAAGGGGCUGCAUCGAUGCUUCCUGUCCUUAAUAUGGAGCUGAAGGAAGGCCUGAGUGUUGUUGACCUGUGUGCGGCGCCCGGAGGAAAAACAACGCACAUUGCAGCAUUGAUGGAGAAUACAGGGGUGAUUUAUGCAAAUGAUGUGAAUGAGGAGAGGAUUGCAGGGCUGAAAAGCAACAUACAGAGGAUGGGGGUCCGGAACUGCAUAGUGAUGAAUAUGGAUGGCCGGAAGGUGAAUGUCGGGAAGGUGGAUAGGGUUUUGCUGGAUGCGCCCUGCUCUGGAACUGGGGUGAUAUCGAAAGACCCCUCUGUGAAGACCAGCAGGACAAAAAGUGAAAUAGACAGAAUGGCCACAUUACAAAAGGAGCUCAUACUUCAUGGGUUUGAUAUGCUAAGGCCUGGGGGGAUACUGGUGUAUUCCACAUGCUCUGUACUUGUUAAGGAGAAUGAGGAGGUUGUCAACUACCUUCUCACAAAACGCCCCUCUGCCAAGAUGGCGCAGUGCGAGGUUGAUAUUGGGAAGGACGGGUUCAUGAGCUUCAAGGGAAGGAACUACAACGGGUCUCUUAAGAUGGCUAGAAGGAUCUAUCCACACGUCCACAAUAUGGAUGGGUUUUUCUAUGCAAAGAUAGUGAAGAAAUAA